AUGCCUCGCCUCGCCUCGCCCAUAUCUCAUGCAAUGCUGAUCAAAUUCUCGUUCAUGUUUUCGUUUCCUGCCGCAAUCAACUCGUCCUCUAGCAAAGGUGCUCCUCCGUCUUCCUCGGUCCCCGGUCUUGUCGCCGAGGAUGUUCUUGAAAGUGCCGGCAACGCGCUCCUCGUUCUCGGCGAGGUAGUAGACGACAGCGUUGGGGCCGGCAUCGAACGUGUAGCCGCAGACGACCUUGCCCGCAGCGUCGUUGAUGGCGUCACACAGCCUGACGGCCGCGCGGGAGGUGUCGUUCAUGUAGAAGAUUGGCGGCGCGGUGUCGAGGCAGGUGGCGUGGAAGUUGUUCGAGUCCUUCAUGGACAGCACGGCGAAAGCCUCGAAGUCGCGGUCGAGGAUGGCCUUCUCCAUUGCCUUCAUGCGUUUGGGCACGACGUUGUUGGCGCGCUCCUGGAAGAGGGCGGAGGUGGCGACGGUGGCUUGCAUGCCGCUGGUGGAGGAGACGUCCUUCUUUUCGGCGCUGGCUACCAGGAUGCAGGCGCGCAUGUCGGGCCAGUGGCUGGCGGGUGCGACCUCGUAGGCCAAGCUGUCACUGCCGUCGUCCUGCUCGCCCUUUUGCCAGCCGGCGUAGCCGCCGAACAGACUCCUGCAAGCGGAGCCGGAGCCCUGGCGGGCGAUCUUGCUGAGGUCGGUUGGGGAUGCGGGGAGUUGGUAGAGGUUCGCAAUGGCGCGAACGAGAGCGGCGAAGCCUGCAGCGCUGGAGGCCAGGCCGGCGGCUGUGGGGAAGUUGUUCUCGGACACGACCUUGAGCUUGAGGUCGGCGAGCUUGGGCUGGGAGUCGUCGCUGGCCUCGACAUCCUUUCGCAGCUGGCGGAGCUCGCGGAAGCAUGCUUGGGUGCGGGCGCCCGAGAUGUCCUGGUCCUUGCCGUUCAGGGUGAGCGAGUCUUGGGUGAAUUCGGGCGAGCAGGAGGCGGUGGUGUGAGUGCGGAGGUCAUCCUGGGAGAGGUGAAUGCGGACUCGGUGUCGGUGUGUUUAGCCAAGUGGCUGAUUGCAGUUGACGUACUUGAUGACGGCGAUGUUGACGGGGGCGAAAGUGCUCGCGCGGUGGAUUUGUUGGGUGGCCAUAUUUGCGGGAUUGUGAAUGUGGUGGUUGGUGUUGAUCGGAUU